AUGCAGCAGCGGCAGCAGCAGGGACACGGCCGGCUCACAGCAGAAUCCGCUAAAUCGUUUUGGCAUGUCAGUCGCUACUGGAUGCUCGGGGAGCUUUACGUAUACGCAGAGCUUGCUCCUCAAAGUAAUCAGCUGUUGUGUAUCAAGACAUCGCCAAAGGACGCCACGUACCUUCCACCGACAGGCGACGCUUUCUCGCGUGGUUUGCUCUCCCGUGGUGCAAAAGAAUUGGAACGGACGUGGCGUGCAGGCACAUUUCAGGGCCAGUGGGUUGGCGGGAUGCGGCACGGCUACGGUGUUCGCCAAAGUGUCCCCUAUGGCAUGGCGGCGGUCAUCCGCUCCCCCCUCCGUACAUCCAUCAACUCCCUCCGCUCCAGCUCGGAACACAGCAACGGUACAGCGCUCCUCGACCGGACUAGCGUGGCCGUUCCUGGUCCCCCCCCAGUUCCCGGCACCCUGUCCACCAGCGUCUCCAUGUGCAGCACCGGAAGCAGCGGCAGCAGCCCCGCCGUGUCUCGAGGAGGCUUCGUCCUGACUGCACACAGCGAAGCUGAGCUUCUAAAGGGAAAGAGAAAGAGUGGGCUGUUCAGGAGGUCUAUUCUGUCCGGGCUUAAGCUGAGGAAAUCGGAGUCCAGGAGCUCUCUGGCCUCCCAGAGGUCUAAACAAAGCUCAUUCCGCAGCGAGGCAGGGAUGAGUACCGUGUCUUCAGCUGCAUCUGACAUCAACUCUACUAUCAGCCUUGGAGAUGCAGAUGCAGAGUUGGCAGUGGCUGAUGACGACGUGGACGCCACAGCGACGGAGACCUACUGCGGGGAGUGGAAGAACGACAAGAGGACUGGAUUCGGAGUGAGCCGGAGGUCUGAUGGUCUACAGUAUGAGGGGGAGUGGCUCAGCAACAAACGCCACGGCUAUGGAUGCACCGCUUUCCCCGAUGGUACUAAAGAGGAGGGGAAGUACAAGCAGAACAUCCUAGUGAGUGGCAAGAGGAAGAACCUGAUCCCUCUCCGGGCCAGUAAGAUCCGAGAGAAGGUUGACCGAGCUGUGGAGGGAGCACAGAAGACAGCAGACAUCGCCCGACAGAAAGCUGAAAUCGCCCAGUCCAGGACGGCUCAUGCGCAGGGUAAAGCAGAGGCAGCAGUUGGAGCGGCUCAGAAAGCUCAGGAGGAGAGUCGCAUGGCCAGAGUCACCGCCAAGCAGUUCUCCCCUUCGUUCCAGCAUCCCGGAAAUGGCAUGGAGGUGCAGCGUCCAAAAUGUCAAGUGUCGAGCGAGGUGGAGGGUGAGGGCUUGUCGAGUAGCGCUGGAACCGCAGACAGCCCCGACCUCUACGUGAAGAGCACGGGCUCAGAUGACCCCUCCAACGCCACACCAGAUCUAAGUCCCUCUUCUUCCUCACCUCAACACACCCCUCCUCCCCCCAUCAGACCAUCCCAGCGCAGCAAAAGUGCUCGCUUCCACCGGCAGAUCGCUGUUGACCACGGAGACCGAGGGAAGGAGGGAGGAGAACGAGGGGAAAAGGGGGGAUCCGGAGGGCAGACGGAAAUCCAGGUGUUGAUAGAGCGAGGCGGCAGAGAGGGCGAGGGUGCGGGGAAGGUGGAGUACAUGAGGGCCAAAAGCUAUAGUGAGGAAAAAAAGAAAGGGAUGUUGCACAAAGCAGGAGGAGGAGUCAUCGGGCAAGGAGUUGGCAGGACCAAUGGACACAAACACAGCUCCUCCAAUCACAAGUCUCGGGGCCACGGCUCAUCCAAUCAUAAACAAGCCAGAGGAGACAGAUGGACAGAGACGUCCCCUUCUGCCUCUUGGACGUCUGGGCAGCGGGGGGCGCACUGCAGGGGAGGACGGCUCCUCGAGCAGGAUGAAGAGAAAAUGAGCAACUAUGAAAUGGAGAUGAAGCCUUUACAGCCCAGAGACUCCACUACCCACAAGCCCCAUGGGCACGGGGAGGAGAAGCACGGGGAGGGGGGCUCACACACCUUGCAAAGACAGAGGCAUAAGAGAGAGGGGAAAGAAGGGAGGGAGAGUAAAGAGCAGCUGGAGAGCGGACACCUGGGAGAGAAGAUGGAUUCUCGGCCUAUACGACGGGACCUGACCCUCUCCCCCCCUCUUAAGUCCUCCCCCAUCGCUUCAGAGCAGCAGGACCACAGACUCACACAGAGCAAAGGCCACUCAGCCUACAGCGCCAUCCUGGUCGCCAUGGUGAUUCUGCUCAACAUCGGAGUGGCUAUUUUGUUUAUCACUUUUUUAUUUAACAACAGCUUUUCUUUUGGAACGACUGCACGGGCUACGACUAUAAAUGUUAUCACAAGGGACCUGCUGCCCCUUUGUGGGAGAUCGAGGGCUACAAUGCAUUUCUGUCCCCCUGGCCCCACAAAAAAAAAAUUGGCUUCAGUUGGCUAAUUUGCAAGUGUGUUCACAUGUGCGAUACAUACAGUAGCACGAUGACAUGGAUGUAAGAAGGUGACUGGACUGCAUUAGAAACUGGACCAAAGUGAGCCAAUUCCUAGGCCAUCGUGGCAAGUAAUGCCUGCUUCCACUGUCUGGACACAAAACUCUUUUUCAUCUUCAAAUCAUAGUUUUCAACAGAUUUCUAACUCAUUUCUUUAUUUCUCUCAUGUAUAAGUUGAUGCGAUAUAUUUAUUUGUAAACCUUAUAUGACACUAGCUUUUUGGUUCUUCCAUUUGCUGAGCUGUUCUUCUUUUUCUGACGAUGAUGUGUUGCGUUCGUCUGUGUCAGGAGAGACAAAAGAUGCAAGAGAGCUAACCUUGGCAUACACCAACACAUAUGCACACCACUAUUUGCUUGUUUCCCCCAUCCCACCCUUCAUUCCGCACCACUUGUGUGUGAGUAAAGUGCAUGACGAUGUGCCUCCGCAAAGCCACGGCAUGUUUGCAGGAAGCACAGAGACAAGCAUCUCAUGAGGGACGCGCUCACUACUCAUCCACACCCAGCCUACCACCGUCCUC